AUGGGGCUGCAUCCUCUCAAAAAAGUUCCCCUGUGCUUGGCACUGGUGAGGCCACACCUUGAGUGCCGUGUCCAUUUCUGGGCCUCUCAUGAUAAGACGGACAUCGAGGAGCAGAAGCAGAUCCAGAGAAGGGCAACAAAGCCGGUGAAGAGUCUGGAGUGCAAGUCCUAUGAGGAGUUGCUGAGAGAGCUCAGAUUGUUUAGCUUGGAGGAAAAGAGGCUGAGGGGUGACCUUAUCACUCUCCACAACAGCCUGAAAGUAGAUUGCAGCUGGGUGCAGCCAGCGUCUCCGCGGCGCGCUGCCGUGCCCGCACGCCGCGCCUUAACGAUCCUAGAAACUGUUACCGGAGUUCGCAUCCCUCCCCGAGCCCGCGGGACCGGGGGUAGCGGGGGGCGCGGCGGGACGCGGACGCGCUGCCCGCCGGCCCCGGGAGGCUGCAGGUGGCCGCGGCGGAGGGCCGGCGCCCGGCGGAGGAGCUGCCCGGGGCUCCCGCCCGUGCGAGGCAGCGCGGAGGGGAGCGGGAGAGCGCGCACCGACACACGCGCGCCCGCCGCGCACCCCCCGUUACGCAACGCGCGUUUGGGGAAGGGGGAGGUUGCUCUUGUUGUUGCUGCUGCUGUUGUUUCGGAAAUUCUUAUUAGUAUUUCUCUGCGCUCAGAAACCUGCACCCUCCCCCCCCCAAAUGAAAAAAAAAAAACCCGACCCAGACGAUCAUCACAUGGCGAUUGCUUUGAACCAGCUGUUUCCAGAGCCAAAGUCUUGCGGAGAAAAAUAAAGGGGGAAGGGAGGGAAGGAGGGGAGGGCUGGCAGGGGGGCCGGAGGAGGAGAGAAAGCCGCAGCGGAGGGAGGGCGGGUGGAGAGAGGGCGGGCGGCGGGGCGGGGGGGGGAGGGGGAGCAGCACCGCGGCGGCUGUGUCGCUGCCGGAGCGGCACCCGGGGCCGGCGGCGGUGGCAGCCCGGCCGGUGGAGGCGGAGGAGCGAAGGCGGCGCUGCUGUGCUGCUGCUGCCGCGGCCGCUGCUGCUGCCCGGCUCUGCCGCCCGCCGCCGCCUCCCGCGCCCCGGCCCAGCGCCGCCCCCGCCCCUCAAUCGCUACAUUGUUGACAUUCGCAGGCUGACGUCACCCUCCCCGCCCCGCCGCGCGCUCCAUUCACAACAACGCUACGCCAACGGCGCAGCGCCCGCCGCCGCGCCUACGCCCGCCGCGGCCCCUACGCACGGAGAGCGGCGUACGGCCGCUCCGCGAAUAGCCGCGGCGCCGCCGGCGCUCCGCCCGCCCCUCCCCUCCGCUUGCGACCCGCGCAUGCGCGGCACCGGCCCGCUCCCUCCCGCGGCAGUGUGUGUGUAUGUGUGUGUGUGUGCGUGCGUGCGCGUGUGCGCGCGUGAGGGGGUGCGUGCGUGCGUGCCGCCAGACCCCGCGCCGGGGCUCGCGCCGGCGGCCGCGGGGGGCUCUGGGAGCCGUAGUCCGCCGCGCGGGGCCGCCAUGGCGGCGGGGGCCGCCUGAGGGGGCCCCGCUAGGACGGCUGUGGCGCUGGGGAGGCACUGGGCACGGUGCGACGGGCAGGGCGAAGAACACCCACCCCGGUCAGCCCUGGCUGCCAGCGGGGCCGCCUCGGUGUUGAUGCCCGCGUUAUUUUGCGCGCUCCGCCCCCUGGAGAAACCUCAUCCUACUUGUAGUGCCGACCGCAAGCGCCCAGCAGUCAUGAGUCAGCCGUGCCGAGCAUCGCACGGGGAGAGAGGAGCCAUUCCUGUGAAGUUUUCUCAAUGAUGUCUUCUGAAAUUGCAUCAGCUACCUGCAUUUUUGAAGUCUGCCAAACUACAGGAAACUAUGUUGUCAACCUAGAUUCAACUCUUUUGCAGCCAAACAUAUAUUCCAGACAAAUAUGAGUUAUUUGAAGAGAUGUCCCGUAUGGUGACUCAAAACAACACCAGAUUUGUCAAGCAAUGACAACAAAAUAAGCAAUUCAGAGUGACUUUAGUGCCUAUGGAAAUGAGAGGACAAUGUUCAGCAAGACCAGGAGCUGCUGAAGACAUGAAUCACUAAAGCUUUCCCACAAAGCUUUGCCAAUACGGGAACAAAAGGGUUGCCCUACAGAAACACAUCACGGGUCUAUCUAGUCCAGCAUCCCGCCUCUGGCAGCGGCCAGUAACUGAUGCUUCAGAGCAAAUCAAAACCACAGCAAGCACCUAGCUAAUUAUGAGAUGUGAUGCGUAGAGGAAAGAAAAAAAGGUUGGUCCUGACUCACAAGAGAGCAGUUUAUGCCCUGAAGCGUGAGGUUUGAUUUCCCUUGUAUCCGUUUGCUUAACUCACACAGUUGCAAAUACUAUUUAUGCUUAAAAGAGUUUCUAAUCCUCUCUUGGAUUCUAAUCAACAAUCUGCCUCAAUAACCUGAGAGUUACCAGGAAGUUCUCGGGGCUGAGCACACACUGCAUGAAAGCUUUGUACUUUGCUAGUUUAGGGAAAGUUUUCCAGCCUUGGCCUAACACCCACUGCCCCGAGGAUCUUACCUAAUUGUCUAGAUGAAAAAUACCCAAACUACCACUCCCUUUCCCCUGAGCCCUGCCUAACUGAAGCAGUUCAUUCUUUCCCAGCCCCCUCUUGUGAAACGAUUGCUUUGGAGAGAUUUCUUUUGCUGGCACUGGGCAGUGGCUCCCCCUUUCUAUCCUUCUAGGAGGUUUGGACAGGUUCCUCUGUGUGUCUCACAUCUCUAUGUGAGAGGUCUGCCAGCAGUCAGAGGAUGCUGCCUGGCCACGCUGCCUCCUUCCCACUGUUGCAAAGGAGAGAGCAGUGACAGGCAGAGGAACAGGGCAUAGGGAAGGUUCACAGAGGGCAGCAGUGGUAUCAGCUUCUUUCUGCCCUUUCAGUAUUUCCUCAUGAAAUAGCAGGAGUUCCACUUGGAUUGCUCUGUGAAAACAUGCAAUGCCUGUGAGACUCCUGCUUCUUCUCAGCUUAGUCCAGAUUUUCUUCUCUCCUGGGCAAGAAUGCAAGCAACGCAUUCAAAUAAUCUUUUGAUGACCUUGCAUGACCUUGAGCAUCAUUGCAGAGUGAUCCUGGCUCCAUUACAGCAGAGUGAUAAUCCUCUCUGCACUCUCUCCAUUGCAUGUGGUUUUGUACUAUGUACAUCGCAAAAUGGUUAUUUAAAUCCAGCACAUGGACCUUAACAGCAAUAUCAGAAGGUAAAGGAGAUCAAAAAAGGCUUAACUACUCCCCAUGGGGCCUAAGUGCUCAAGCCUAAAGGUGUGAGCCUGAGCUCCUGAACAGAGAGGUGGCUUCUAAACAAGGAGGUGCCCAAACUCUGCAGGUUUUCAUCCCAAAGUUUUGCCUUCACAGCCUGAGGCUGUUAGUGCUGCACAGGUGAAGGAAGACAAGCCUCAGUUUUGAGGUGGCCAGCAGACUGACCCCAGCUUCUGAGACAGCUCCAAAGCAGCUGUCAUGGCACUGCUGCCAUGGCAUCCUCACCUCUGGCUGUGUUUUUGCAUCCCUUCCCUGCUGCUUGCCCCUAAGGCAGGCACUGGUGUUGCGGUAUGCCAGUUUGGGACCUCAAGUGGUUGAGCACUUCUUUGAAGAGUUAAUCUUCUGCUAGCAUAACUUCCUGAACCAGAUGACCAGAGCAGGUAAGACCAGGACUUGUGCAAAGGGAGGAGUGGGUAUGGGAGUCUGGGGAUAGGGCAGAGCACCCCAUCUUGAUGUGGAUUCUCUGCCUCUAGAGUCCAGCAAGAGGCACCCCUGCCUUAGCCUGGCACCCCACAAGAGGGUGAUCUGCCUGUUUGGUGCUCCCCUGUGAGGAGGCUCCCCAGCAUCUCACCGAGGGCAGCACCUCUGUGUUUUAGUGGGGGGCAGUGCUGUGAGUCCAAGAAGAAAGGCAGGCAGCCAUGCUUCUGUUUCUACCAGCCUUCCCAGGAUCUCUUCAGCUGCUGCUUCAGCUGUGGCAAACAACAGAACAAAACCCAAAUCAGAGCCCUUGUUCAGCAAAGAUCUCCACACAGAAGAAACAGCCUGCCAAAUACAGAAGUCUGAAACUGCCUGCAGUGUGUUGGUCUGUUUACCUAGCAUGGCUCAUGCUAUUUUAUUUGCUUAAGUGUCAUUACAUGCAUCCUGGGAGAGGUGGGGAGGAAUGCCUUCUGCAACCUAUGCUGAAUUUUUCUGAAACCAUGAUGUGAAAAGAAUGCCAUUUCAUGUCAAGAAACUGUUAUUUCACCUAGCAGCAUGUUAUUUUGUAUUCCUCAGACUACAUUUUACCUGCCUGGGGUGUAUAUGUGUGAUCUACUGAAAUCAGUCGCCAUCUUCCAUAAUUUAUGCUGCUCUUCAGUCUUAGCAGCAUGCGUAAACUUCAGUGACACUUUGUCAUUCCUCUCUAAAUCAUUUUGAAAAAUCAUUUGAGGAACAGCACCAGACCCAUGGUGUUCUGUGUUUAUCCUGCUUCACUUUCCAGACCAGCUUCUGAGGUGGCAGGACGACACAGCAGAAGAAAAAUCACAGCCAGGAAAGUGUGUAUUGACCCAGUAGUAAGAAAUUGGAAUGUAUAAUGUGGUAGCAUGAACCUUGGCACACCUAUUGCCUAGCAGUGUCAUCGCGUGGUGGUGGAGACAAGGAGAAUCCAACUGAAAGAAAAUGUUCCCCUUUUUCUUCAGGCAAUCUCUUCAUUAAACCUCACAAUGAGCAAAUAAACAUAGUGGAAGAGGGGAGAUGUGAAGGGUAACCUUUAAGACACUAGGGGCUUAGCAUUUAUUAUUGUCACUCAGGACUGUACCCAGAUUAUUUGUUUCCUAUUGCUUAAUCCAUUUAUAACUCAGUGUACUAAUCCACAGUUUGUCAUUUGACCCACUGCUCUGCUAUGUGGAGCUCUGUCAAAGGAUUUUGAAAACCUGCUGACACUUUCUGCUUCCUUAACUCAAUAGGACUCUUUUGCGGGUUUGAGGGAGAGAGCUGCAGCUCAGCUGGCCUGAUCCUGCACCCCAAAUUAACAAUGCCUGUGGUUGCACAUAGUGAGCAUCCUCAGUGCUGGGGUUGACCCUGCUACCUUCCUUUCUGUCUCAUAUUUUGGAAGAGAGAAAAUCUUUAGUCUUGGAAAACACCCUUGUUUUUCCACACUGAAUGUUCUUGCCAGUCUCUCUGUUCUGAAGUUUAGCUUCUGAACUCUCCUGAAUUCUUUUAACUUCAUCAGCUUAGGUAUUUUUAACUUGCUCCAGUGCCUCCUCUUCAGAAAUGUUUAUCUUCAUAAUAGCACAAUCAGCAUUUCAAUAAAUUUCAAAAUCCCCCACUGCAAUGAGAACAAAUGUAAAUAAUAAAUUCAGCUUCUUGAAAAUGUCUUAAUCCUUGUUAAUUGUGUCGUUAGUUCCGUAAUGACCCAGAGGGCUUACAGAGACACACAUGCAGCUUUAUUUAUAUUUAGUCUAUUUGAAUAAUUAUAUAUUGUUUAUCUUAUUAUCUCUGGCUGUUUGCUCCCUCUCCUCCCUCUGAAUUACUGUCUAUUUACAGUUUACUUGUGCUGAGCUGGUUUGGUCAGAAUUUCUAACAUGUCUGUGUGAAAGCUCCCUCAGUGCUGUCCUGGAGGCAGUGUCUCUGAAGUUCAUAGCUCCACAUUCUACUACAGCAGCUUCUGCCUUGAAAGAGCCUUCAAGGCUCUGAAAUUUUUAUAAAGGUUUGUUUGCCUCAGUGCAGUGUGAUAAAGAAGUACAAUAUGAUAUUUCAGUGAGGCAUUUGAUUUUUUUAAAUAUAGUAAUCAUUAACAAUGAUAUUAGCCAGAAGAGAAACUUUAACUUAAGGUUGUCAGAUACUUUCCUCCUGUCAGCUGCUUAUAAUUCCCUCAUUUAACCUUUGCAGGUGGUUUCUUCUAGGCUCUGGGUCAAUCUCAUCUAUUAACACUGUCUUUUUUUGAGAAGAGGAGUGGGCAUUUUUGGAAGCAAGGUGGGCCAGGAGGUGAGGGAUGCAGUGAGUGGAGCUGAAUGAGAAGCUGGUAGGAAACACUGAGACUACUUGACCCAACAACCAGGGCUGAAACACAGCACCUGAAGCCAUCCACCUCCCUUGGCUGCCUGUGGGGGUGAUUUACAGCACUGCCCUUUUGGAAUUCGUGACUUGUACAAAUGAGGCCCAGGAUGGGACCGCAAACUUAAUUUGUAUGUCUGAUGUAAACUAGCAGUGAGGCAAACCUGUAAAGAUGCGCAGCUAAUUCACUACCUUAGCCAGCCUUUAAUUCCAAGUCAUUUCCAUUUCUACUCAUCAUUGAGAAGGUCACAACAGAAAAACUUUUGACUAAGUAACCUUUGCCUUCUUUUUACAGCUUUGGUACAAAACAGAUUAAUUAAAAAGGAGAGGAAAAUAAUCUCUUUCUUUUUCUUGUCAUGAGAACCAGAUGUGCUGAGUAAAGUAGAGAGUGAAAAGAAGCAAGUGCUCUAAGUAAAAGAUUAUUUUAUGUAUUUCAUGGGAAAAAGUUGUUCAGCUCUUUUUGAAGCAAACUGUGCCUACAGUACUUUAAAGGUAAGUAGGAGGAAAUGACAAUAAUUGUAUCUGAACUGGCUUAGGGCUAAAUUCUGCAGAUGAAUAUGGGUGUGACUGGGCAAAAUGUUGUCUUGAUGUUAACCUGAAGGGAAAAUGAACCUAUCAAACCCAGAUUCAUUUGCAGAAAGUGUUACAUGUGUUUUUGUCUAUUCACACAAGUAUAUUUGAUAUUUUUUAAUUUUUCUUAUCUGAAUGUGCAAAUUAGCCUAUUCUUUAUUUGCCUUUGUAGAAGGAUAUUCACAUGCAAAAGUAUGACAACAUAGUUUCAGUAUCUCAGUCUUAAAGAUCCCAAAUAGUCAAUGUAAAUAUUAGUGGAGAAUAUAAAAUUAAAAACAAAAUUAAUGACAACUUGAGUAUUUGUGGCUUUUGCUCAGAAGUAGAUGGGAAAGUGAGUAAAGACCAAGGAAGCAAAAGACCCAGAAGCUUAUCUUUCUCUGUGGAGUUAGGGAUAUCUGUAGGGCAGAUGGGAUUAUGUUAUUGGUCAAGGCCAAUAGUAAUGUUCAUAAAGUGUAAGAAAUAAGAAAAUUAUUAGAGGGAACUUAUAAAUGUAAAACUUUAAUAAGUGGGACAUUAUAGACAAAUCAAAGAAGGACUAAAGGAUAAAAGUGUCCAGUCCUGUGGGGUGGAAAAGAGAGCUCUGCUAAAAAGGGUUCAGUCGCAUGUGGUGGAAGAGAGAGCUCUGCUGCAGCUCUUAAGUGCAGCAGUCCUGGUGUUAAUGAAAAGCAAGUUUUUUUUCAACAUCCAGAAUUGUAUGGGUUAAAAAUUCUUUCUCAACUGAUAAGAGCUCAGCUAAACAGAUCAAAAAGAAAAGGAAAACCAAAACACAAGCUCAGAAGUUGCCUUUGCCUUGUACCAGGAGUCAGAAAGUGUCAAAAGAUGUGUCAUAUCUUAAAAGACUAAAUGAAAAGUUAUAGUUCCUCAGUACAUGAAGAAAGAAAAGCUUUAUUGAAAUAGUUUCUUUGUCACAUCCUAUAAAAAUGUUAUGAGGACAGCAUGUAUAAAAGAGUAAGAAAAACAGAGGUUACUGGAAAUUCAUGUAAAGACAAGUUUCUCUAUCUUAUAGCAUAACAAGAGAAAGCCAUCACUCGCAAUACAAGUGUUUCUAAUUAUAUGGAGGUUUGGGAUUUUUUAAAGUUUCAGGACUUUUCUGCUAAAAAACCUAUGGCACUUCCUGAAAACUGACUGUUACAAGUGUUACCAGAGUAGCUGGAAAACCCAUCCAUCUUUAUCAACUCUGAUUAACAAAGAAGAUAAACAUAAUUUAUGUUCUCCAGAAAUGUGUUUUUUGAAGUGAAUGGCCAAGGUUUUCACUGAUAAAUUUUGCCAUAUAAUCCACAAGUAGUGCCAUACCAGGGGCUGUUCCUUCAGCAGUGCUGUGCAAAACACCUUCCCCUGCCACGGAAUGUGGCUGUGGCUGCAGAGCUGUGUCGAUGUGCAUCCUCAGUGGGGCUGCCACUGCUAAUUCUGGACCAGAUUUCUGUAGUCAUAUCUUGAAACAAGCUGGAAAAAACAGGUUGCCUCUGGCACAUACUGAAGUUUCAGUAGUUCCAGCACUUUGUUUUUCAGUCCCACUCAUUGUGCUGACUCCUCCUGCCAGGUCUGGAUGAAAAUAGUUGAUAGAGUUGACCUUGUCCUAGUUCAGGGCAUAUUUGGGAGGAAACCUCCGAAUGGGGUCCCUCUAGAAAGCAAAUUCAAGCAGCCCAUCCCCCUCACCGAUUUGGGAAAGGAUUCCUUUUAGAAAAGCGGAAAAGAAGUUUAUUUAACAAGCAAAGUAUUCACAAGUAUAAAAAAUUAAUAAUAUUAUAUAAUAAAACCUCUUCCUGUUCUGAAGAGAUGGCAAAUUCAGAAAGUCCUGUAGUUCAGAGAGAGUCCUCUGUGGGUGUUUCUCAGCUCACUGAGUGUCUCUCAGUCCCUCUCGUGCUAGAAUGCAGCAUUGUGGGCCCCAGUGGGGGCAUGAACUCCUGGAGUUUUUCUGGGUUUUUGGUCCAGAGCAGGUUUGAUCAGUUCCAGAGAAAGAAAAAGCCACAGUCCAGGGAACUUCUCUGCCUCAGCUAGCUAAAAAACUAACGGAAAGCAAAGGAGAGUUCUCUCCCGCUCCCUGUCUGUGCUGCAGACAACACGCAACGAGAGAGAGAGAGCCGAAGCUCUUAUCACUGUUUUUGAAUAUAGCUGUGAGAAAAUUCUACCCCUUUUCCUUCUCCCCCACUUCACUCUCAGAUCUAGUUUUUAAGGCACAAAUCUUAUUUCUGGGCUAAACAGAUUAAUGGGGAUACAAUUCAGCAUCAUAAAAGUCACCCCAGGAGAGAUCUGUACAUCAUUUCUGUAAAUGUGAGAGAUUUCUACUCCUUGUUCCAUUGGAAAUACAUGAGUGGGACUGAGAGAGCCAAAUGAAACUACUACUUUUCCCAGGGGCAAGCACUGAAAUAUUUCACCCUGAGACACAAGUUGUACGUGUUAGCUAUAACAUUUACCUGCAGCUGAUUUGAAACUUAUUGGAAGGAACUUUGAAUGUGUGCUAAACAAAGUAAGUCGGAACAAUUUAAUUCUAAAUAUCCCAGCUGAGUCUAGACCUUCCUUCAAGACAAUUUUGGAUGCUACUUGAGGCCUAAGUUGUUGAAAAGCCCUGUUAUUCACCCUGAAAAUUGUGGUGAGAUGAAGACUAGGUAAAGUGAGGGAAUAUUCAGGUGGGUUUCUGAGCCUGUUUAAGGCUGCACUAAUGAUGGUGAGGAGAAUGACCAUUGUCUUUGUGCCCAGUGUGACAGACUCUCCCCUGCCAGCAGCUUCCACAGCCAUGUGGCACAGUCAGAGCUGAUUAGAGGAUUUACAGUGCUUCUUAGAAAGAGCCCAAGAUUGCUACUAGAAGGACUUGCAGAAUUUGUAAGCUGCAGCAGCCCAAAUUCAGAUUGAAUGCAAACACAGUAAGGAUUUUGGGGAGUUAGGUUGCAGGCAUCCUCAAGAAUCUCAGCUCAGAUACCAAAUAGACCCUUUCCCUGACCUAUAACCACGUUGAAAGAUAAACAGGGAGAAUUUCCACCUUCAAUUAGAUAAAUUCUGCCUUCAAAUUUUUCAUGGCUUUUUGCAUGCUUACUCACUGAUACCAGCAUAAAUCAGUUGCUAGGUCACUUCUGAAACAGGAAUGAUUUGUAUCAUCCACGCACUGGAGAAAUGGCUUGGCUGCCCACCAGAUAAUACCCUGUCCCACUGUCUUCACCAGGAGAUACAUGAGUGUAACUCGGACUGUUGCUGUCUCCAGAGACCUUGAUGAACACCAUCCAUUUCCUCAUCAACUACUAAGCUUUUUUUGUAGUGAGACUAGAAAAAGGCAUAGGCACCUCUACAAAUGUAUCUGAAAUGCUGUGUUUCUCCUCUUUUUCUAAGUGCUGCAAACUCUCCUCCUCGUCUUCUCCUCAGCAAGGAAAUGCUGUUACAGUGCAUAACUGAAACCAGGUAUUUCUGACAUUUUUAGGCUGCUGACAUGUACUCUGGGAGGAAUUGCUACAUGUCUUUCUCCCAGCUGAAAACCAAGUAAAAGCAAACACUAACCAUAAUACUGAUUAAUAACUAGCUGUGGUUUCUGUUAACAAAGCUUUUUUACACACACAGUGGAGAAGCAGGAGACUGUGUGUUGUUAGCAAUAUAUUGUCUUCUCACUAUUGUUAGAACGGCAUUUCAUCACCUCAUUUUAUUUGUUCCAUCUGUUUCAUACUGACUUUGCUAUAAUGCUACUUUGAGAAUACUGUGAUCGUUUGUUUGUACUGAUAUCAGAAAUAAAUAUAAAAUGUUUUUGAAAGCACCAUAAGGAUGGAGGGUUUGAUGGGAUUAUGGUAAAAGCAAGCAAGCUGUGAACAGAGACACAGACUGCUGCAAGAAUCCCUGGAAGAAAUGAGUUAGAGGUUAUUAAGGGAGAAAGGAGAAGAAAGAUGUUCUUGUGACUAAGGCACUGGACUGAUAUUAAAGAGGUCUGGUCUCUGUUCCUGGAUACAUUAUUGGAUUCCUUUGUGACCUGUGACAAGUCACUUA